AUGGAGAAACAUGAAGAUGUUCAGUACUGUUUUCAAGACGGAAACUCGUCAUGCAGAAAGGCUUUGCUAUCGACAUCUAUCUACAUAACACUGUACAUCUUCUUCUCAUUGAUUUCAGCAGUUACAGUAUUUUUUAACAUACUGGUGAUCAUGUCCAUCUCUCACUUCAAGCAGCUCCACACUCCAACCAACCUGCUCAUCCUCUCUUUGGCUGUGUCAGAUCUCCUGGUGGGACUGAUUGUGAUACCAGUAGUGACUGUAGCAUUAAUGGAAUCAUGCUGGGGUUUUGGAGAAUAUUUCUGUGUGUUUCAGAUCUACAUUACUUUUUUAUGUACUUCUUUAUCUCUGGGUAAUUUGGUCUUGAUAUCUAUUGACCGCUAUGUUGCUGUGUGUGAUCCCUUAUUGUACCACUCUAAAAUAACAGUAACAAGAAUGAUGUGUUGUAUAUCCAUUACCUGGUGUUGUUGUAUCAUAUACCGAGCUGCUAUUAUAAAAAACUUUGUCAAUGUACUGGUACCCAGUAGGUGUUUGAAAGAAUGUUUUAUUGUUGAAGGAAUAACCUGGGGUAAUAUAAUUGAUGUUGUAAUUACAAUGGUUGUCCCUUGCUCUAUUAUUAUAACACUUUAUAUGAAAAUCUUUGUGGUGGCCAGAUCACAGGACAGAAAGAUAUUUUCAAAAGAGGCUGCCAAUGUGUCUGGUGUUAAAACUGUUCGGGCAAAUAAGUCUGAGAGAAAAGCAACAAAAACUCUGUCUAUUGUUAUUGUCAACUAUUUCAUUUGUUGGAUUCCAUUUCUAUUUGUUUUCUUUUUUACUUUUGUAAUUGACAAUUUAUUCUCAGUUAUCAUCGGCUUUCUGCCACUUUUUAAUUCCUUAAUUAAUCCAAUAAUUUAUGCUUUCUUUUAUCCAUGGUUCAAAGUGACAGCUAAACAUAUUUUAACUCUGAAGAUAAGGCGUUCAUAG